AUGGCAGACGCAUCGAAAAUCACACUCCAACUGGCAAACGGCAAAAUUACCGUCUUGAAAAAUGACAACAUCCUCGUAGCGCGCGGCAUUCCCUACGCGCAAGCCGAGCGUUUCCAACCGCCUCAGCCGAUGGCAGAUUGGUCCUCGGUCAAGGACUUCACCCAACCGGGUCCUAUAUGCCCGCAACUAAAAUCCCGUCUGGACGCACUCAACGGCCCCAUUGCCCAAGGCCGAGCCAUGUCGGAAGACUGUCUUCGCGUCAGCGUAUUCGCGCCGGCGUCGAACCCAUCGCCGUCUCUGCCGGUAAUGGUAUUCAUCCACGGAGGAGGGUAUUCCUCUGGCGCAGGAGAUCUCGACUGCUACUCCGGCGCGGGACUCGCAAAGAAGGGCGUUGUGGUGGUGAACAUCACGUAUCGCCUGGGGAUAUUGGGUUACCAACCCAUCGGCGGGAGAGCGCCCGCCAACCUGGGGCUGAUGGAUCAGAUAGCCGCCUUGAAAUGGGUUCAGGGGAAUAUCGAAUCCUUCGGAGGCGACCCAAAGAGGGUCUGUGUAUUCGGAGAGUCAGCCGGCGCGGAUUCUAUAUACUGUCUGAUGGGGGCGAAUGGGGCAGAGGGGCUGUUCCAAAGGGCCGUCAUGCAGAGUACGCCUUUGGGGGCGCGAUUAUCGGAUCGGCGAGAGAUGCUGGAUGCUUUGGAGAGUCUGGCUUCAGAGCUGGUGCCCGGGGAUCCCGGGGCUGCCUCUGUGGAGGAAUUGCUGACGAUCCAGGGCCAGCUGGCGAUGAAGGGGUUGUCGUUUGCUACGGCUGGCUUGUCGUUUGGCCCCAUAAUGAAUCAUGAUCCGCUGCCAGAUGCAGAGACAUUUGACAAGCGGCUGGACGAAGCGAUUCGACGUGUACCCAUCUUCAUAGGGUAUACCAAAGACGAAGGAACUGCGUUUGUACCGCUCUUCAACAACAUGGACCCCUUGGUACGGCCGGCAGAGAUGGAAUCGUCACCCGCCGAGUAUAUCGGCAAAGCUUGGUUUAAAACUGAGUCCAACGAGCUAUAUCAAAAGAUCAAAGGUGCCCAGCCAGUGGAGCAGCCCUGGUUUUACGAGUUCAACAUUACGCCUGACCAGAGCCCUUGGGGAGCAGCGCACACAGUGGAUAUGCCGUUCUUGCUGGGGACUUGGGCCAGCUGGAAAGACGCGCCGAUGAUGAAGGGCAAUGGCGUGCACGAGGUCGUGGAGAGAGUUGGGGAUGAAGUGAAGAGUUUGUGGGUUGCGUUUGCGAGGGGGGAUGAUGUUGGGAGGAGGGAAUUUGUUAUUGAUGAGGGCUUUGCUUUGAAGAUGUGA